UAAAGCCUCACUAAAUCACCCUGGUGUCAGAAGCUGACAAAUACUCAGGGUGCUGGGAAGUCCUAGCCCCAAUGAGGCAGAACUUCCUCUUUUCUUGAUGUGGGUCAAAGGCUCUGGCCCUACUGGACUCUGUCAGAACAUCUGAGCACAGAAGAAGCCAUAGUCCAUAGCCAUAGGGACACGGCGUCCUUCGUAGCUGCAAAACCUGCUGACCUUUGAUCUUUUCUGCUUCCAGACCUCUGGCCUUGGCCCUCCUGUCAUUUUAAGGCUCUGGGUUUACUUCUGAAUGCAGGUACCACUGCUUCUGCUGGAAGGUAGGCUACGUCCAAGAAGGUGAACAGGAGAGGGAGCGAGGUGAGUUCUGGGACCGUAGAUUCUCCCUGAGGUUGCUGUUGGCUCAUUAGCUCUUCUUCUGACUCAAGGUCAAACCGUGGCUUGGGACUGACUCAGAUCCUCCUGUGGGAUCCAUCUGCACAUACAUGUCUUCACACCUUGGCAGUUCUGACACGCCAUCAUCCAAAGACGAUGGAAAAGUAAAAGUAUUAUCCAGGAUACACCCGAUUCUGGUGAAUAUUCAGGAUAUCAACCAUCUGGUAUGGGUCCUUCAAGGCCAGACCCUCACAGCUGUCCCGAGGAAGGGCCAAAUGGAUCCAGUCACUGUUACCUUAGUUUCAUGCAAGUACACAGAGACUCUUGAGAAGGGCAGGGGGAAUCCUGUCUACUUGGGACUGAAGGAGCCAGAGCUUUGUCUAUUCUGCACGAAGGUCAAGGGGCAGCCCACGCUGCAGCUUCAGGAACGGAACAUAAUGGAUCUGUACCACCAAACUGAGCCUGUGAAGCCUUUUCUCUUCUACCAUGACCAGAAUGGCAGGGCCUCCAGCUUUGAGUCUGUGGCCUUCCCUGGCUGGUUCAUCGGCUCCUGCUCCAGUGGAGGCUGUCCUGUGAUUAUCACCCAGGAACUGGGGAAAAUCUACACUACCGACUUUGGGUUCACAGUACUCCAGGCUUAAGGCUGGUCUAGGGAUGAGGGUUGUUUUCUGCACAGAGAAUCUUGUCUUUGGUUUCCUCCAUUCAAGCUCCUGAAAUGCUUCUGAAUCACAACACUGCAAAUCAGCAAUACUUUAAUUAAUUAAGAAAAAAAAAAGAGAGAAAAGUACUUUGGAGAUGAACACUGUCAUACCGAUCAUUCAACAAGGAAAGGCAGAAUUGCCAGAAUUAUGUCCGUUUCAUUUUUGGGGGGCUUGCAGAUUCCCCAACUGUGAAUUGAACCAUCUUAGUCUUAAAAGAAGGAAGAAUCUUGGUUAAGCUUUUCACCCAAGAGUAUCUUACUGACCUCAACAUGUCCAUGCAGUGACAACGUACUCACAACACUGGACCAAGUUGUGUGCCCUCCGCCAGGACACGUGGACAACAGUGCAGAGAAAUUGAGGAUCUUUGCUAUGGCCAUGUGGCUAAAUUAUGACACCUUGACAAAAAUACUAAAGAAAACUCUACUUAACAUACCUGCUAAUGAUGCUUCAAAUAACAAAUGAAGGUGAUGAUUCUUUCAUUUGGAGUCCAGAUCUCUGGAUUUUCAGAUAUGUUGCUCUGUGGCAAUGUAUCAAGAUCUUUUGGAUCCUGGUGGGGAAAAGCUGACAGACAAGUUCCAUAAAAGAAAAGACUAGGAAGAAAGCUGGAACCCCUUGUGGGAGUGGCUUGUGUCUCAGUGAAGUUAUGUGCUCUGCUGGUUUGAAUGAAGAACUAGUGUUGUUUAUGAAGCUUUCACCUAAAGUGUUAUCACUGGAUCUCAUGGAAAGUUAAAUUUGUGAAAUAAAAAAUUUGCUCCUCUCA